AUGAUUCAGUUAAAGACGAUGCUCAACUGCAUCGACAACUCGGGCGCCGCCCUUGUCGAAUGCGCCCUCGUUGUCGGCCAGAAGCGACACGCCAGAAUAGGUGAUCGCAUUGUCGUUGUCGUCCAGGAACAGCGCGGUUCCUCCUCCUCCGGCAUGGCAGGCAUCUCUGCCGCCGCCAAGGUCAAGCGCGGAGACAUCCGCCACGCCGUCGUCGUCCGAACCAGGUACCCUACCCAGCGCCGCGACGGCACCGUCGUCCGCUUCGACGACAACGCCUGCGUCCUGCUCAACAAGUCGGGCGACCCCGUCGGCACUCGAAUCAACGGCGUUGUGGGCGCAGAGCUGAAGAGGAAGAAGUGGAGCAAGAUCUUGUCCAUGGCACCUAUGCAGGCAUAAGAGGAGGGUAGAAUAAGAGGGUCAUGCUGGAGAGUGAGGGAACAGAAACGGGAUACCAAGAAUGUGGGAGGGUGAUGCUGUCGUCUCCAUAUAUGAGUUGAGACCAUGUACGAUUACGAAAUACUCUCUGAUGGCAUUUGCACGGCGUUUACGAGAUUAGACAAAAAAAAAAAAGAAACAUAUUCAACUGAAAAAAAGUAG